GUGACUUGAAACUUGACUUGGAAAAGUAUGACUGUCUUGUUAUUGCCACUAUCGUGACUUCUCUUAUAAGCUGAUUCAGGAACUAUAUAAAGCAUUACGACUCAGAGGACUAUGAAUUUCACCAUCGAAAAUAAUAUUCUCAAAGGUGCCAAGAAACCUAUAAGCGAGGAUCGUAAAUUAGGUCAAGUAAUUUGGAAUGUUUUGAACAAAAGUCCUGAUCAUGUGGCGCAAAUUGACGCCGAAACCGGCGAGCAAACUACGUUCAGUCAAAUGAAAGAUCGUAGUAUUUGCUGCGCCGUGUGGAUGAAAGAACUGGCCAUCCGUCCUGGUGACGUAGUGGUGGCGGUAACCCACAAUCAUUUGGACUGUUACCUACCGGUUUUUGCUACUUUUUUCGUCGAUGCCGUUUUCAACGCAUGGAAUCAAAAUAUCACAUUAUUCUCGGCGCGACGAUUCAUAAAAAUGUUCACUCCGAAAUUAAUAUUCGCUUCCGAGAAAGUCAUCGAUGUACUCAUAGAAGCUGCAACACUGGAGAACUUGAAGGUUCAUUUUGUCGUAUUUGGAAAACACUCGAAUGUGCAAUCUUUGAAUGAAAUUUUAAAUGAACAAACAAAAGAGGAAAUCGAUAAAUUUACGGUAGUCGACGAGAGAAGUGCACAAGACGUGGCAGCAAUAAUGCUGUCAUCGGGUACCACUGGUUUUCCAAAAGGAGUCAUGUUGUCGCACAGAUCGAUACUAAUGGCAAACGUAUCAAACCAAGGGAGAAAAAUUUCAACUUAUCUUUGGUACUCGACACUCGAUUGGGUUAGCUGUAUUUCUUUUAUGUUCCAAACACUACUGAAAUAUAGUACUAGAAUCAUAUCUCUCCGCAUUGACCUUGAAAGCUUAUUUCAAACCAUUGAAAAGUACAAGGUCAAUUUUGCUUUUGUUCCACCGAUUCUCGUGAACUAUAUAGCGAAAUGCGAUAUAGUUGAAAACUACGAUCUACAAAGCUUAAAAAUAUUCGUAGUCGGCGGUUGCAAGCUCACACGUCAAGUUCUUGAUGCUGUACAGCAAAAAUUUCCAACUGUAUUUAUCCACAAUGGCUAUGGAUCAACUGAAACUGGAGGAGGAGUUUCUUAUAAAACGGCCGAGAUGUCAAAAAAUGUGGAUUCAAUCGGGUUUGUUACUACGAAUUGUCAAAUCAAAUUUGUCGAUUUGACAAGCGGUCAAGCACUUGGAUCGAAUCAGCAAGGCGAAGUAUGCAUUAAAACGCCUAACAUUACAUUAGGCUAUUACAAAGAUCCCGAAGCAACCAAACAAGCUUUCGAUGAGGAUGGAUGGUAUCAUACUGGAGACAUUGGUUACUAUAACGAAGCAGGUGAAAUAUUUAUAGUCGACAGAAUAAAAGAGAUUAUUAAAUAUAGAAACAGCCAGAUCUCCCCGGCGGAGAUCGAAGAAGUUUUGUUAUCCCAUCCAGAGGUACGUGAAGCAGCUGUGGUGGGAAUCCCACGCGAGCUUGAUGGCGAUUGGCCUGUAGCUUUCGUGAAAAAACUGCCUAGUAGUCGACUAAGCGAAGAUGAUCUCUUCAAACUCACAUCGAUUCUCGAGGACUAUAAGAAAUUACGUGGUGGCAUCUAUUUUCUAGACGAUUUGCCACGAACUGGAUCUGGAAAAAUAGCGAAAAAAGAAUUGAAGCAGCUAGCUCAAAAUUUGAUUAAUCAAAAAUCGUUUUAAUUAAUUUUUUGAGGGAUCUACAUUUGAAAAGAAUCGCUACCGCCGUUGACUAAUCAGCUGUUUUUUAUGUGUACUAUUAUGUGUACUAUUAUGUAAAUAUGAUGAAUCUAAUGUGUGUUUUACUAUAACAGGAUAUGCGAAUUGUUUAAAAAAAGUAUUAUCCAGCAUGCACAUACAGUAUUAAUCUCUCCGCAUGAGUUUGACGAAUUUAAAUAAAGAAUUACGAUAAUUAAUAAGGAAAUACAAAAUAAUUAUCACUGUUAAAUUCAAGUGAAUUUAAAAGGAUAAACUCGACGGUAUUGUUAGCUUUACGAAAGAACUAAUUAAUCCACAGAAUUGUUUGAAACUUUUAUUGUUUGUGUAUACCUGUGAUACUACUUUCUAAUAAUAUUUGUUCGACGUGUUAUUUACUUUUAUGUUAUAUAAAAAUUGAUAAGAAUGUAUAUCUACAGUUGCAAAGUUUAUAUUGACACCUCAUUCAAUAAUAUGUUGAUAUUAAUUAAGUCUUUGACCAAUGAACUGUCGAAAUUUCAUGACAAGGCCGUAUAAAUACUUCUUUAAUCUAACACUUCUAAAAUAAUGACAUUUGUAGAAUAAUAAAUUAUUCAUC